AUGCGUUCAAACCCUUCAGUCUCAUCAACCCUGACCACACUAUCCUCGGCCACCCCCUCCUCGGCCACCGCCCCAUCCCUGACCGCGCCCUCCUCGGCCACACUAUCCCCGGCCAUCGCACCCUCACCCUCCUCGACCACCGCACUCCCCUUGACCGCAUCCUUCCUCAUCGCACCCUCCCCGACCGCACUCUCCUCACACGGUGGAGCUCAUCAGCCGGGGAACUGGCGGCCAUUUUCGAAGAUAUGGCAAAACUGCGCUGCUUUGAUUGCGUCUGGAACCGCUCUGAUGGUGAUCUACUACACGGUGCGGACCUAUAAUUUAGCGGCCUGGACCGCUAAAAAGGAUUACCGCGAGUUCUGUGACAACGCUGAGGUAUUUUCCUGA